AUGGCGGUAGUAAAAUUGUAUGAAAGUGACCAAUUUCUUGUAGUGAAUAAACCUUACGAUAUGUUUAUUAAUUCAGAUGAUGAAAGGGAAAAGAACACAGUGACAUGUCACAUAGCCUCGCACGAUUCCCAUCGCGCGAAUUCGGCCAACCCCCUACACUUUGUGCAACGUCUCGACUACUCCACCAGUGGCAUCCUCUGCAUAGCUUUGACCAAAACCGCAGCGGCUAGUGCCGGUAAACUGUUCGAGAAGAGAAUGACAAAGAAAUAUUACCUUGCAAUAGUAAGAGGUCACAUAGAUGUGGAGAUGUGUGAUAUACAGUAUCCGAUUGGCGUCGACCAAACAUCGUCAGAGACCAGUCAUAAGAUGAUUGCCUUGACGGAAACCACGGAGGCUGUGUGUGGACUCCCCAGAGCAGCUCAUACGCGUUUACUGGCACUCGAAACUGGGUACUACGAGGGUAAUCCAGUUUCAGUCGUGCUUUUGAAGCCUGUCACGGGGAGGCGCCAUCAGCUAAGAGUUCACUGUACCACCAUUGGGCACACAGUACUCGGUGAUUACACAUACAGUGAACGACAAGACACCGCUCCACACAGGAUGUUCCUUCAUGCCACCAGGCUAGUCCUACCUUUACGCGAAGAACCUCUAGAUAUUCAAACACUAGAGCCAUUUUUCUCAGAUGAUCGCUUCAGUUCGAGAUGGAAGCCACUGUCCGCGAAAUAUAAUUACAAAAACAAAGAGGAUUUUUUAGCCGUCUGUGAUAUAAUUGACAAGUCCUAUGAGAUUGGUGUUCAGUAUAAACUGUUUAGUUGA